UACAAUUAGUUUUUCCGAAUAAUUCAUCACAAAUCUCCACAACUGUCUAACUAUCUCAGUUAACCUAAUAAUAUUGUCAACUCAAAAUCGUUGUACAUCAUUGAAAAUGUUCAAACUUGUAUUACUUGUAACUCUUUUCAACAUUGCCUAUGUUUCCACUCAUUCAGAGAGACCUGGAAAAUUCUUGGAACAUGAUCGAUCAAUAGUCAACUGUGCCCGAUACAAGAGAGAAGCCAAUCAACACACCUGUGUCCUCGCCCCAUUCGCAACUGAAGGUCCAUACUUCUUAGCCGAUGACUUGGAACGAUCUGACAUCACUGAUGGUCAAACUGGAGUUAACUUGGACUUGAAUCUUAAACUAACCAACGCUAAAGAUUGUUCACCUUUAUCCGGCUAUUUCGUUCACAUUUGGAACGCCAAUGCUUUGGGACACUACUCAGGUGUACAAGAAUUCAAUAAGUUUCCUAAACAAACUUUCCGUCCAAAACCAAUCUACGAUACAAGAUGGCUUCGUGGUUAUCAAGUCACCAAUGAAGAUGGUGAAGUAAACUUCAAGACAAUCGUCCCUGGUUGGUAUUACGGUCGUUGUCUUCACAUUCAUGUUGAAGUUUACUCCAAAAAUACAACCGACACCAACGCAAUCACCUACAUUGGACAACUUUACUUCAAGAGAGAAUUGCCUGUUCAAUUGAAGCUGGUCGAGCCUUAUUCAAGCAAUCAAAAUGAGUUGAAAUUCAAUGAACAAGACAAAGUCUUCAAUGGAAUGCAUGGAAAUGACACCAUUACCGAGUUGGUCUUCGAAGAAAACAAUGCAAAGACUAGUUUCAUUCUAGCACUCGAUCCAACAGUCACUACUUUAACAAACGGAACCGUUGUUAAUUAAGAAUGUAUUGACCUAAACUAAUAUUGAUUUAAAUAAAAGUAUUAUUCUUCAA